AUGGAGUCUCUUGAAAGACCGAAGUACAAGUGCUUGCUGUUUGAUUACAUGCGGCACCAUUUGCAUAUUGAAGAAAGCCAUAUUGCAGAUAUGUGCCUGGACCUGUACAAGGAAUAUGGUACCACAAUGGCUGGCCUUAAGGCAUUAGGCUAUGAAUUUGAUAAUGAUGAGUUUCAUGCAACUGUUCAUGGUACCUUGCCAUAUCACAAUCUAAGGCCUGACCCUGUUUUGAGGACCCUCCUACUUUCAAUUCCACAGAGAAAAAUAACACUGAAUCCUUGCAAUGUUCUGAGCGAGUUCCAGAACAGCAUGCUGUUCCCAGAUGAAACAUCUCCCAACUUGGUUGAUCUGAAUGAAUCAGAUGGGUUCAGACCCAUAUCGCCUAUCCUUUGCAAGCCCUCCAUUGAAGCCAUGGAAGCUGUAAUUCGGAUUGCAAAUGUUGAUCCCAAGAAAACAAUAUUUUUUGACGACAGCACUCGGAACAUAGCUUCAGGAAAGGCCGCAGGCUUCCAUACUGUGAUUGUUGGCAGACCGACACUUGUUCCGGGGGCUGACCAUGCUUUGGAGAGCAUUCAUAACAUGAAGGAAGCUUUACCUGAGAUAUGGGAUGGUCAGGAUUGGUCUGAGUCUGAUGUUCUUUCUUCCACUGCUGUUGAAACUGCGGUGGUUGCUUGA